GGGGAAGGUAAAGGGGAGGGCCUCUGGAGCACGCGUGCCGCGUGACGUAAGUUUCUCCAUCCCUGAGAGGCGGCGAAAUCCGCGGGAGCUCCGAAGUUGUGCUCAGGGAUUGGCCAAUGAAGCAGGGGGCGGAGCAGCAGCGAAUCGGCGGCCUCGGUUGCGGUGUUGGACACGUCGAGCGGGUCAGAAGUGGAGGGGGCUUCUGAAGAGUCGUGAGGGGCUUACGGGUUAAGGUUCUGGAAGGGAGGCGUCGGUGGCGAGACUCGAUCUGGGAAGACUCUUCUGCUGACUCUCAACUUUGACUGGAAAAAUGGACCAUUCCCACCAUAUGGGGAUGAGCCCUGUGGAAAACAGCACUGCUGGCCACCAUCACCCGGACACGUCAGCCUCCCACUCCCACGGCGGGGGUGACAGCAACAUGAUGAUGAUGCAAAUGACCUUCUACUUUGGCUUUAAGAAUGUGGAACUAUUGUUUUCCGGCUUGGUGAUCAAUACAGCUGGAGAAAUGGCUGGAGCUUUUGUGGGAGUGUUUUUACUAGCAAUGUUCUAUGAAGGACUCAAGAUAGCCCGAGAGAGCCUGCUGCGCAAGUCACAAGUCAGCAUUCGCUACAAUUCCAUGCCUGUCCCAGGACCAAAUGGAACCAUUCUUAUGGAGACACACAAAACUGUUGGACAGCAGAUGCUGAGCUUCCCUCACCUCCUGCAAACAGUGCUGCAUAUCAUCCAGGUGGUCAUCAGCUACUUCCUCAUGCUCAUCUUCAUGACCUACAAUGGGUACCUCUGCAUUGCUGUAGCAGCAGGAGCCGGCACAGGGUACUUUCUCUUCAGCUGGAAGAAGGCAGUGGUGGUGGACAUCACAGAGCAUUGCCAUUAAUGUCAAACUCCAUGGUGCGGCCUUACGAUUGCAGUGGGAAGCAGUUCAAGACUGGAAGAAAUAAUUCCUGCUACAAUCUUCCCUUCUUGCUCCUUAUCUCCUUAUAUACACACCUGCUCAACAGAGGUUUAACUUACAGUCUCUGAGCUAAAGUGAUAACCCCCAUGAUUGUUCUUUUUCCUGCCCUGAGAUUCCCAUUUCUCGGUGUGAAGUGAUCCAUGAGAUGUCUCCUCCAACACUAUCGUAGAUCCAAGUUACAUGUUCUUGUCUAAUCCAGGUAGCCUUCUAUUCGAUGACUUGAUGACCUGCUUUCUUUUUUAGUCUUCUGUUUUUAUUUUUAUAGACAAUCUGUGAAUUUGGUGGGUUUUUCCUGGGUCAGUGAUGGGAUGGAUUAACUUCAGCUAGGAUUCAUGGCAGCUGAGGGAAAUUCUUGCCCAACUAAACCCAGAACCCAAACUUAACAUUAAAAAAUAAGGACUCGAUGAGUGGAAAUACAUUGUGCCUUCCCCUGGGUGCGAUGUGUUGCACCAACUCUUUGUGGUGGGCAGAGGGUGGUUUGAGACUGCGUACAGGUCUGGAGCUUGCGGAAACGCACGUUAUGAGCGGCUGACUUGUCUGCUGUGUCCCCACUGAACAUUUUGAUUACAAUGAACUUGUCAAUCAAAAAAAGAUGACAGUCAAUUUGAAACAAUGGAAAUAGAUGUUUUAAAAUCAAGCCAUUGACAUUUUACUUUGACUUGGUACCUUGAUUUGCCCCAACUGAAUGUAGCACAAGAGUUGGAACCAUUAUCUCCUGUUUCUGUGCAUCUGCCUCUACACCAGUGGUUUUCAAACUGUAGCAUGCGUGAGAAUCACCUCGAGCGUUUAUUAAAAAAACACUAAUUGCUGGGCCUCAACCCAGAGCCCCAAACUGGCAUUGCUAACAAGUUCCUAGGUGAUGCUUCUGCUGAUGGUCAGGGGACCACACUUUGAGAACCUCUGCUUUAAACCUAGUGAGUUAAGCAUAGGAAUUUGAAUUACUGAUGGGUAGGCGGUAUGCCUGGGCUUCACUCGUGUACUAAAUGCUGCUGGUCAAUACUUAAACAUUCCACAAACAUUUGUUCAGCUCCAGCUGUGUGUACGUGUGCCUGACUACACAUGCAUAAAGGGCCGCAGCCAAAGUAACUUUUACCGGCGUGUAUGGAAUCACUGGCCCUUAGUUUUAGAGAUCUGUAGUUUCUUGGAAAUAGCUUAAAGAUUGGGGAAGACUUUUGAUGUGUAGUGUAAAUUAGCCAGCCAUAGGCCAGAAGGACAAAAGUCUAGCCCUGUCUUCGGAGAGGCUGAGGGCGUGGUCUGUGAAUGGCCAGGUGCUCCUUGGCCCCCACACCAGGCAGAUCCUCAUCCUCCACUGGCCGUCUUUGUCACUCUUUGGGGCUUUAUUAGAUCACAGGAGGCCAAAACCUCUUUUCUCAACAGAGAAUCACAUUGGACUUUUAUGUUUUCAGUUGUUAGUCCACACUGCAGCUUUGUUCCCAGUCCAAACUACCUCCAUAAAGUGACUCUUCUGUGCUGGUCUGUUAAAUCCUGCCCUCCUUGGUGCUAGACUCCAGUUGUGCCUCAGGACAGAAGACAGAACAGCCAUCCUGUUCUCUGUUGUGGUUUUGAAGUUUGUACUUUCUUUGUAGGUACAGUUAAAUAUUGGAGCAAGGAAUGUGUACUUCCAUGGCUUUGAACCAAGAGAGGGUUGUGAGCCUACUGGAUCGAGGUUAAAACCUAAUAAUCAAUGCUUAGAGUUUUGCGCUUUCUCAUUCCAGCCCCUGUAGUGCUGUUACUCAGCAUGAGAAGAGUGACAGGUACUGACAAAUCCAACAUUAAGGUGUCAAUAGCCCGUUAUUGCCUCAGAAGUCAAGGAGUAAUAAAACCUUGAGAAAUGAAAUAAGAAUGUUUGGUAAUUACCCUGGUGCUCUCUAGAAAUCUUGGCAUGAGCUGCUAUGAAAUACCCUUGUAGAACAGGACCUUAUCAUUAAGAUAAAAAAAAAUCAAGGCCAGUUUAGACAAAGUGCUAUGAAUUUGAAAUUCCCAGAGAGAAACAUCAGUUUGGGAUAGGUAUUCAAGAUAAGAGUCUUCUGAAAAACCUGAAUUCCAGCAAUUCUUAGAGAAGGUUGCCAAAGCAAGAAGCUAGUGAAAGAGAAAAAAAAUUAAAGCCCUUUCUUGAGCUCUUUGUGAUAAUAUAGUGAUCUUGUUGACUUUCAUUUCUGUGUCUGUUCAUGUGGAAUUUAGUGUUGGGCUUUUGUUCCUGUUAGACCCCCAAAUGCUCGUUUCUUCCCCAUGCAAAUCCAUCUGAAGCCUGUAUCCGCACUUCUUGGGCCCCUGCUUUGCUCUCCAUUUCCCCUUUCUGUCUUUCAUAGAUAAAAAAUAAUGUCUUUCAUCCCAUGUAUCUUGUUUAUCAAACCUCCCUAGCCUUCCUGAUGCAGUGGACCUUACUACGUAGUGAAUGUAGAUACCAGCUGGAAGUUGUAAAACUUGGUAGAGACCUUAAGCAUGUGUCAAGGAACAGUUGUCCCACUGGAAUUUCUAUAAGGUUGGGUAAAGGGCCACCUGGUAUCAUCUGCAGUUAUGGGAUCUUAGUGGUCUCUCCAGUCUCUGCUGGAGAAACACUCAGCCCCACAAGGCCCACAAACGGAUCCUCCAUGUCCACCAGGGAGUUAAGAGAUUAAGGUUUCUUAAAUAUUUCUAUGGUAAGGUUGUCUGGAAUUCCCUUCCUGACUGUGGGGCACUGGUCUUGAGUUCUAGCCACAAAGAGUUAGGAGCUUGAAGGAGAUGGGGCAGGGGGUACACUUACAUGCCAUUUAAUUUUGAUCCUGCCCUGUCCAGCUGCUGCUUUCAAAAGGUACAUUUAAAGAUACAAAGUCUGCAUUUGAUAUAAUGCCUUAAUCACUGGUUCUACAAUUAAUGUUGACUGCUUUAGAUUGUAAGCUCCUGGAGAGCAGUAUUGCAGUAGUGGGAAUGUUUUAACAAUGCCAUGUACAAAAGAACAAAAUAAAUAUUUUGAUUUUGUGA